AAGGUACAAGAGAAAGACCGCGAGGAAGGAUUUCUAAUGGCAUCUGCAAGGCCGAAUGAUUCUCAUCACAUUUCUAGCUAUUAUCAGGUAUAUUCACUGUUGUAUCCCUCAGCAACUCCAAUCUGUAUUGCUAUACUUUAAGUUAGUUGGUUAGGUGGUAGACUGCAAGCAUCUCCCUUUUUAAUACUUUAAGUUAGUUGGUUAGGUGGUAGACUGCAAGCAUCUCCCUUUUUAAUGCGCUGCCUGUGGCACCCAAUUAAGGAAUGAGAGUCCUCCGUCGAAAAAAAAAAAAAACGGUGGACGGCUCACCCAGAUUAUAUUAAUUUUUUUAGAAACACGUUGUUGUGUAUUCGGGUUCGAAGUACUACUAUACAGUACAAACUGGAUCAGGUGCUUUACACAACUCCUUUAUUACAACAAAAUCAGCUAUUCAUAUGUACAAUAAUCUCUCACUAUAAUUUGCGGUUAGGGUGUGGUAACUAAUAAUUACUGGUUAUCUAAUGAUUAUCGCAUUCCGCGGAUAACAAGAAUACAGAAACACUACACACUUCAGAGGGGCUACUCGUCUUUCUUUCUAAAGUGUUGCUUUUGUACAUGUUCCCUUUCAGUUGUUAUUCAUUAGAGAGAUUAAGAAUCACAUAAAACGGCAGACGUGAAUUUAUACCUCGUGACCAAGUUUUCCCCUUAUUUUCAGUUUACUCUCUACUGCUUCUACACAAAAAUAAGUAGUUUUUAUGCCAGUUUUAACCAUAGGAAUCGUUCGGGGCUGUUUUUAUCCGCUUAUUUUCUAUUCUGAGAAAUUCUCAACUUUAGUCUGACAUUUGCCUUUUUCGGUAAACGUGAAUCUUAGGCCUCGGACGUACAAGGGGGGUGAGGGGGGGGGGGCUCUGAGUUUUUUCCUAGAGGAUAAAACAUCAGUACGUUUUCAGUAGCUGUUCAUUCAUCCCUCGCGCACAUUUUGAGACAAGUUUAGUGAUAGUUGCUAUGGUUACGAGAUAUGACGUCAAAAGUAGCAGGUGGUCAAGCGAAUUUUGGGUGAAAAUACAUGUUUUGUCAACUUCUUUCAAAAAUAAAAGUGAAUCUUGUGGCUAAAAUCAUUCAACGUGCUUAUUUAUGUGUUAUUUGUCAUGUAAAGCACAAAAAAUUACGAUUUCUCGCGGUUUUAACCUGAUUUCUAAUUCUUCGUAAAAUUCAAGAUGGCUGCCAAGAUGGCGUCCAUUAUUGGUGACGUCACAGGCCUCCAGCAGCGCCACCACCCCUAAAAUAUACCUCUUCUAAGAUCUUGUUAAGAAUAUCAAAGGCUUUCCACUAAAGGUAAAAUCGUUUUAAAAUACUGCAACAUAUCCGGGGAGGGGUUCCAUCCACCCCCCUCCCCCUUGUACCACAGUGGGGGUAUGAAAUUGCGUGUACUUCUGAGGGUUAAUUUAUCUUUUUUCUUAUCCAUUACUUGCCAUUCAGUAAUUUUGCAGUGAGCUACUCCUUUUUUCAUAACUCGUGCCCUAAAUACCUUUUAAAUGAAGUUAUGCGUUUGUUUACACUUCCUAUUCUCGCUGAAAAAAGUGGUUUGUCUGUUUUUUCAAAAAAAUUUUAAGCUGUUGUAACGUUUAUAAUUUGUGGUGUAUGCACUGUACAUCACCUGAAGACGUACCUCACAUUUUGUGAAGGUUAAAGAGUUAUAGUUGUUAGUAUCGAAAUAGGAUAUUAGUAUCGAAAAGUUAGUAUCGAAAAAGGAUAUUGCUUUCUUAUGUCUGUCCUCAAAGAAAGUAAACACCUUACGGUAAAUUUUCUAUCAGAUUGUUGUAAGGAGUAAAUGUAAAGGCUACAAAUACUACCGAAACAGGUAGACAGCUGAUUUGGCGCCAGACGUUAACGAUUCGAGUCACGUGGCUUUGUUUGUCAAGCGAAAAAGGUAAACUCAUGGGGUAACAUUCCUGAGCGUUUGAUAGGCCAAAGAUAGGCCAAGUCAAGUAAAAUGCGUAAUGGUGUUCUCUGUCAACAAAAAGAUUAUAUUUUCGUUCGUGGAAAGUCAAUCGAUGAAAGUCCUUUCGGUUUCAGCCUUUCAGCGCUACAGAACGAUUUUCGUAUGACCAUGAAAUGAAAACGCUCGAACGAAACAGAAACAACAAGCGAACGGAAUUAAAGCGAUUUGAUUGGUUUAUCGAGGGGAUAGUAAAGCGCGUGGAUCUUGGUUGGUUAAGCGGACGCUCGGGUGAAAAACUUCAUGCCCGAGAACUAGAAAUAAAUCGAUACUUCGCUUUGACGUCAUGCUGCAACAAGAUUGGCCAAUCGAACAAUGCCUUCUCCAUAUUAGGGUUUUCUUCCAUGUUUUGAUCUUUUCAUCCACUCGCUGAUAAAACAAAUGUCGAACAUUUGCCGAAACCAUUUUUCAAGGUCAUACGAAAAUCGCUCUAUGAAAACUUUGACCCCUCUGACGCGUGUAAAACCACGCCAUUAAUGCGAAAAGAAUGUGACGUAGCCUGUAGCAGCGUUGUCUUCCUCAGAAGACAAGUUGAGCUAUUAGGCGUUAAAAUAAUAGAGUUAUUUCUGCGUAGCGUCCUUUGCUGUCUUCAAUUUUUAUAGCGACGGAACGAAAAUUUGAAGCAAUUGCCAAAGGAAGAAGUAAGGUUUAUACCAUAUCCUUUUCAGUUUUUUUCAAUUUUUUUUUCGCGUUGUAUAUGUAAUAACCUGUGAUCUGGCAUCCUCCUUCCCUUUCUCUUUAAUAAAAGGCGAAAAGAAAUUUCUCUUUUUUUCCUCGCAGGUUACGUUGUAAACAGCCCCAUUCUUCAUCCAACAUCCAACUAAGAUCCAUUUCUUUGCUCAAUUUUUUCACGGGAUCAUUUGCGGUCCAUGUUGGGGAUCAUUUACUGUCGAGUAUCAUUUGCGGUCCGUUCUGGGGAUCAUUUGCGGUCAGGGAGCCGGAUCAUUUGCGGUUGGGGAUCAUUAAGGACCCUCCUAAAGUUGAAUUCCAAGCGACCCUAUCCCAUUUCAGAACAAAUAUAUAUAUAAUUUCGUCGUUACUUGUUUCCGUUCUCCAUAAAACACGAUAUUAGGCAGUUUCAUUUCAUAGUCGUGCAAAACCGGCAAAGAAAUGUAAUGUGAUGCACGCGCGAAGUUGUUGUUUUGCUUAUUAAUACAGUUUUUUACGUUCUCGUUGCGAUCGCAUUGUUGGGUCGUUAAGUCCCUAUUGACGCGGUUGACGUAAACAGUCAAAAUUGACAAAUAAUAAUAAUAAUAUAAUAAUAAUAAUAAUAAUAAUAUUUAUAGAGGGAGCCCAACUCGCCAAGGCGGUUUUCAGUGGGGCUCUCAUAAAAAUCAAAUCACAGGAUAUACCAGGAGCUGGUAUACCGGAAUGAUGUAUUGAAGACAAUGCUUAAAGGCUCCACUUACCCGUCUCUCCCCAGCUUCCCCGUGGGUCUCGCGCAAGUUUUCUGGAUGCGCUUUCCGCACUAUCUUGGAGCCUGUAACAGGCUAAAUGUGACCACGUGAGUUCACCCUUUUGGUUUUUGCAAACAAAGCCACUUGACCUGAGUCGUUAACGUCUGGCGCCAAAAUCAACUGUCAGGGGUGUCUUUCAAUUCGCAGUCGACCCAGGCGGUGUGCUUCACGACCCACAAAGGUUCAUGGGUAAAACUGUUUAUGUGCCUCAUUUCAAUCGUGACACGGUCGAGUUCGCAUCUCGUGAGAGAGAGAAAUCAAAACCCGGGAUCAAAAUACUGCUUCCUUUUCUGAAAAACGUUACGGAGGAGAGCGAUUUGGAGAAUUUUCAAGGUCUCAUACUGGCCAUAAUGACGUCAAAUUACGUCAUUGUGUCAAUCAAGCUAUGCCUCGAUGUUAGAAAUGACGGGUACAUAAUCUGGCUGCAUCAUUGGCGGUUUCGAAGUAAUUGAAGUGGGCCUGUGAAGCCCCUCCAACAGCACAAAAUAAAAACGUCCGUUCUUAGACUGUUCACAGUCCUCUAUUUUUCCGUAAGAUCGUCGAGAUCGAGCGCGUUGCUUUACGGGCUGCCAUCUUGCAUGAGUGUCAAAACUACUUAGGGGGCGGGGGGCUGCCAGCCCUCUCGGUACAUUUGGAAAUCAAGAUGGCCGUCAUUAACAGUAAGACGCGCUAUAUCUCAACGAUCUCACGAAAAACUAGGGGACUGUGAACAGUCUAGUCCGUUCUCAAAAUGUUAAACAUCUAAAUGAUUUUCCAAGUUUUCAGUCCUACUCGCAAUAGUACCAAGUAGGUAUGCUUAAAAAGGUGUUUAAAGGUACUGUAAUUUGUUGUGAAAUCAUUAAUAGACAUAGCAUUCUUGGAUAUGAUUUUCCAUAAUUAACUCGACGAUGAACAAAUUGGCAAACUAAAUAUAAGCUAAAAACGUUUCAUGUACGGCUGUUUAAUUAGAGAGUUAACAAUUAGAGUAGCAGACGUACAGUAAAGCAGCACAUAAACAUGUCACUAUGAGAAACCACAACCAACCUUUGCAGUAAAGCCCAGGUCAAGCGUACCCCUAAAAUUCCAUUAAUGAAUUGAAUUCGAUGGUGGAUGUAGAUUUCAGAUUCAUCUCUUAAUUCCUGUGCCGGUGAGGAACAGCGAAUUCCCACGCGAGGUAGUUCUGAAAUUUCUACCUGCUCAGUUUUCUUGAAUUUGAUGUAAAUGUACGUUAAUGUCUUCAAAGCAAUGUUAUCUAUUCAAAGACUGUUCAAUCUGACUGACUGCAAAAAGGCAUCGUAAAAAAAUCAAAGCUAAUGCUGCUUGCAGGAAUGCAAAUUUGAAUUUACUACUGGUUGCAGCAACAACUGUUUCAUUUUUCAAGUAAUCGAUGAAUUAAUGGAAUCUGUAGGUGGGCACCCUUGACCUGGCGUGACUCCAAAAGCUGUGUAAUCUAACCUUUUAUAUGUUAGACAGCGGAAAUAUUCUGCUUACCUCAUAUUGUUCGUUUUACUCUUUUUAUUUCCUUUACAUGAACAAAGCUUUUAGAUCUAAAUGAAAAUGCUUCGAACGAGGAAAUUUGUCGUGCCUUCCGUGUUAGAGCACUUGAACUUCACCCAGACAAGAACCCAGAGGAUAAACUCAGGGCUACCAAAGAAAUGCAGCUUCUAAAUGAGGCCAAAUGUGUUCUCUUGGAUCCUAAAGAGCGCCAAAAUCUAGAUGAAGGAUUGGUUGACAACGAUGUUUACAAGAGGAACGCCUUACCCCUUUUAUGCAGUAUUUGUGUGAAAGCAAAAUCAAGGGUGGGAUCAAAAUGCCUCAGGGGAAUGGGGCACAUAAGUCCUUUGAUAGAGGAAUUCAAUGCAGCCUUAAAAGAGUACGAUGGUGGAAUUAAGAAAUCUCCAGAUAGAGAAGAAUUUUUAAAUGCCCUUGAAGAAGUGCUUAAAAAAUUCGUUACCAUCGAUUUGCCUAGGCUAUAUCCGUUAAUGGAAAAUCGAAAAAAGAGACCGAAUUCAACAGAGACGGCUUUUCCAGCACCAGCUAACCUUGGAACGUGCUUCUCUGCAAGUCCAAUAAACACCCAGAAGUCCUCUGCUCCCUCAGCAAAGGCUGUUGUUAAGAUCCUUAACCAAUCUCUUGUUCGUCCACCGAAGAAAAAGGUUCCAGCGCAUCCACCUGCCACAGAAAUUCCAAUGUAUGACCUUUCAAGUUUGUCUGACAGUGAAUUGAACCAAGUUCUUCAAUACUUUGGCUUUCAAAAUGUAGAGCCCUUUUCUAAAAACUCAGCUAUUAAGCAACUGAGUCCAAUCAUUCCAACAUGUGCUGUUGAGUUCAGAAAAUGCGGUGGCGACCAAAUCGGGUCGAGGUAUGUAUGUCAUCAAUGUGGAAGAAGACGUUUUCCCUUUUUUUCCUUUUCAAUAUCUUUUGGUACAUGUUUCUCCUGUAAGAGCACAUUUUGCUCGGACUGUCUAUCCAACGUUAAGAGAAAAAUCGCCACAAGUGGCUCGUACGAUUUAAGAACAAUGUGUAAAACCUGUCUAACCACUUUCAAUUCAAGAGAGGCAGCAACAUGGCGGGUACACGGUCAGUUCCUGUUGGCAACAGAUAAAAAGUACUUGGAAGCCGUACUAGCGACAUACGACUUGUUUAAUGAGCUGAAUCCAUCAGAAAUGGUCUUCAUUAUGCAAUCUCGGGCACUCUUUUAUUGUAACAAACAUGAACGGCUGGUUCGCCAUGUCAAAGAAGUACUUCGCACAACUAACCUCUCGAGGGAAAAUGCUAAGGAGCUUCAGAAACUGGUUGCUGAGUCCCUUACGAAAAUAGCUGAUGAUGCUGACGACUCCGAUUUGUUAAAGAAAGCUGACAAGUAUCAGGAGGCGAUCCAAUAUGCUGCGCAGUUUUCCGAUGAAAGUGGAAAUACGUUCCAUGAACUAAAGAUAGAGGCAAUGAGUGGUCGACUGCGUUGCUUUGAGGUCCAUGAAAGAGUCACGAAGGAAAGAAUUAGAAAGCUACUGUCACACCUGAUUGCAGCCAUAAAAGAAGGUUCCUUGGUCAAGAUAUUCAUCCUCCUACAAGACAUGGAUGAAGAUGACAAAGAUAUGUGUCUACAUCGGCUGUCAAAAGAGAAACCAGAGACUUACAGUCAAUACGGUAUACUGUUGUUACGACUUGCAAAAACGACGUUAACAUUCAAGAAGUACCCUACAGGUGCUGUUGGUCAAAUGGCGGAUAUAUUGUGGACUGGUUAUUCGCUGUUUCUGGGGAAUGGUAGCAAAGAACAGAUUUUCCACUUCGUAAUCCAUUUCACAUGUCAGUUAUUAAAAGGAAGUCACAGUUUACCUCUCGAUACAUUGCAUGAAAUUACCCCCACCAACUUUCUGCAGUGUCUUCAUCUUGCUGAGGAUGACAUCCUCGUACCACCAGACAUAGAGGCCAGAUGCUGGGAAGGCGUUAUUGUGGAAGGUGUCGAUAUGAAGAUGUUCCUAAAAUACGAAUUGGCUGUGAAGAAGCUUAUGGAGACCAAGAAAUGGCCCCCGGUUAAAGUUGCCUUUUUUUACUAUGACCUUAUUUUUGCAUGUAAGACUGCCCCUCAACUUUUAGUGACAUUGAUUACUUCUGCGCAGUGGUUUGCAAGGCAAAUGUCAUUACCCAAUUCAGACGAUACAGUACAGUAUUCGUGUAAAAAAAUGAUCCUGAGACUCACCAACCUAGCAGCUGCACUGUCCUUCGAGUUUGGCAUCCACCCACAUCUGCAGUACUAUGUGGCAAGAAUGGUGUUGGGACUCCAAUUUUAUGCUUCCUGCAAGGCACCCUUUGGAAGCCAAGACGACGCUACAAACAUUGGAGAGCAUUUGAACUGGCUGGUCGCUUCUGGGCGUCUUUGUCCAUUGCACAAAAUGCCAGUUGUUUCACCAACCGAAUCUGUUAUUUUGCACGUAAUGUCAGAAGAACUAUACUCUGAGUAUCUUUUAACGCUCCAGGAUGAACUGCCACUUCAGAUGAGACCUGUGUCGGAAGCUAUACUGCGCUACCAUAAUUAUGAGAAUCAGUUGCUAAAGCGAUGUGAGCUACAAGAUGGAGAUGGCCUUCGCUUGACUGCAAUGACUGAGUUGUUACAUGCGGAGGACUGUUCAUGGGAUGGUGUCCAGCAGCUUCUCCAAUGGAAUCUGGUUCCACUGGAUAGCGAAGGUUGGGUUGUUAGUGACCACCAACUGUUAGAACCUGUUGCUUCAAGUGGUAUCCAUCAACUUGUUGGUCUUAAAAUCAACAAGCAUAACUUUAGCAUCAAGCCACUAACAAGAAAGCAAACAGGGCGGUUACCCUCACUCUUAUGCUUGCAAGAUAUUGCGAUUGGAUUUACCAUAGAUUCUCCAGGAUGUUUUUUCAGCUUGGAACCAGUGACCCCCCAGGAGACGCGGUUUCAUCCUUUCUUUAAGCAGAUUUUUGGGCCAAAGGGAUUGCAAGCAAGCAGAUUCCUAAACACACUGUUCCACACCGACUACCUUCUAAAGCAGUUGAGCACUGGGUUUGAGAUUUCAUCGUAUCCUCCUUUUCAUAAGCGUCCGGUCCAUAAAGGUUUAUUAAAGGGCCUCCCUAAUGAGUUACAGAAAGUCCUUUUGUCCAUACCCAGUCGAGGUCCAUCUCUUAGCCGAGCUCAUCGAUUGUGGAUACAAGCAGACGCCAUGGAGUACGAUGUCCAAGAAAACGACGAUUCAGUACUUUGGUUGUUUGGAGAUGUCAACAUGACCGUUCGCUGCAAGCCCGUGUUUCACUCGCAGGAUGGAGAACUGCAAGACCAAGACGUUCUUAGGCCAGAUCCUGACAGCCCGGAAGGACAGUUUGUUGCUGACUUUACUAAACAUUAUGAUCAGAUCGGAAAGUAUUUUCCUGAAUUCUUGCGGCUGAAGGAACUUUGCAAAGUUCAAUUCCUGGGAGCUUUUGUCACAGAAUUUGAAAGAUAUUUGGAGGAACAACUAAGACGGCACGAGAGUCAGGAGAUGGAUGCAUGGUAUGGUGAAAUCUACGCGUCAGAGAUACAACAAGUUCAGAGAGAGAGCCAAGAAAAACUGGAUAAAAUAUGGUGUAACUUAGCUUUGCAGUUCUGGUUAGGUAGCGAUGAAGAAAAAGCUGGAAUAUUCCAUCUAAGGGGCAACAUUCCAGGCUCUUACCAAGAGAUUUACCAUUGGGUGCGUUUUGGUGAUUCGAGUGUGAUUGCACAACAAUUAGCGCGUAAUCGUGUCCCAUCUGUUUCGCAGAUUAAACAGAAAACGGUCAAUGAGCUUGCAAUGAGACUAAGACAGUAUCGAAAAUCAGUUUCUACGUUGAAGCAGAAUUGCAAGGAGUACCUUCAGUCCACUGAUUUGGCCAAUGAGUGCUAUUGGGUGCCGGCUGUCUGCCACUGUGAGGACGGAGAACGCAUCUACGGAGGCGUAACUUUGACACCAAUGACACGCAAAGUUACUCUCAGAAUGGAAAGCGAUUUUAGCAGGGUGUCGCUCUCUCCAAAUUUCUUUGUUUUUCGCGAGAAAAUAAUAAACCCGGCUGUGAAACCUUUUAAUCCUCCACGAAUCAACGCAAAGAAAGUUGUUUUGACAAACGCCGCUGGUCCUGCGACCUGUUCACCUGGUGGUGACCCUGGCGACAGUUCGUCCUCAAGUGGCAGC